GUUCUAUCAGUCAUGUGACCCAGUCAGCAGACGUUCCUAACACGGUUGUAGUUUUGCGCUACCUCUAGCGGCAUUUACCUCGCCAGCUCACCUGCCAGGCGACAUGGACCACCGUCGCGUCGACAGGGUGGGCAUCCUGUCUCCCUUGGAGGAGUCGAGCGCUGAAAUCAGCAGGGACAGCGGCAUCGUGUCGCAGAGCGCCAGCAGCUUGUCCAUGGUGAGCGACAUCCUCAGCAGCGGCACGGUGUCGCAGAGCCCCAGCUUCGGCGCCGCGGCUAACGUCGUUGCGUCGCCCUGUCCGAGCCUUCACCAAGCGGCUGCAGCGGCGUCGUCCCAGCACGGCCCAGAACCUCACGACGCGGACCUGAUGUACGCAACCCUCGCGUACUCCUCCUACGUGAGGGCAACAGCGGGAGAGGAGAUUCUAUGCUUGGAGAAAAGCCUGGAGGAAAUGUUGACCAGAGUGGACGAGUUUGUCGGCAUGCUGGAUAUGAUUCGGAGCGACACAUCACAGAUCGUGAGUGAAAACCUACCUCAGAUUCAGCACAAGUCUGAGGAAAUGAGACAACUGUAUAGGCGCAUCGACAAGUUAGAGGGCUUUGUCAAGAUGGUGGGAGCCAACGUUGGAGCCAUGGAGGAGCAGUUGACCCAGGCGGAAGGAGAACUCGCCACGCUACCGGGUGCCUUCAAGAAGAUCUUCAGCACAAUGAGUGUGUCCGGCUUCUUAAAUAAAUCAAACAGCCCACAAAGAACAGCUCCACAUCAGCAACAUCAAGAAAUCCCUCGAGUGUUCAGCACGGACGACUACAUAGUCACGUCGCAGCAGGCCAAGCAGUGACACAUCGCAGGGGCGUAACAUCCACAGCCAAGCAAUAUAGCCAACAAGUCACAGGUGGCCUGUCAGCUGAAACUGGACUGUAGCAAAAAAAAAAAAGUGGUUAUUUUUAAUAAGUGCCUAAACGCUCUUGUUUUCCGCUGGUUGUUAGCUUUGUAACAAGCCGCCUGAUGCAUCUUCCCACCCAAGAAGCUUUUUUUGUACGGUUUGUUGUGUGGG